AAAAUCCAGACCACUACACCCAAGAGCCAAAGUGGUGAUGCAUUGAUCUUCCUGAGUGGGGCACAGGAGAUUGAAUGCUUAUUGCGGAGUGAGCGGAGCUUAUGUUACUGCUCACGAACACUCGUGUGCGUGCGUGCGUCCGUCCGUCCGUCCGUCCGUCCGUCCGUCCGUCCGUCCGUCCGUCCGUGCGUGAGCAAAAAUCCCGACCCGACCAGGGCGAUUCAGAAGACAAACAGGCAUACCACUCGUAUCGCAAUUGAUGGUAUUCGCUUUGUGAUCGACAGUGGUAAAGUUGAAGAGCUGAGUGUGGAUGCGGGAAGCAGUACUAGGCGAUUGGCAGAGCAAUGGAUAUCACUGGCUAGUGCUGAUCAACGGACGGGCACAUCUGGCCGCACGGGGCCUGGACAAUAUUACAGGAUGUGUGUUCAAGACU